AUGCCUCGGAAACAAGCCCAAUAUGAUGACUACAGAGUUGCGAUUAAUCUGUCCUCCUCUGAUACCGACUACCUCGAUCAGUUGAUCCCCGCUCUCAAGGAUGCCACGAUCUCCAAUAGAACUCCAGGGCUCAUGCAAAGCCUGUCCCUAUACGCCGAAGCUCGCGAGGCUGACAUUGAGCGGAUCGGACUGACGAAACACGACGAAUUCCUCGCAUCCGUCAAUCAACUGCAGAAAGUACGCGAGGGCACAGUGCAGCUCACCAAAGAGAUCCUAGAACUCAAUCAGUCCAUACAAGCAAGCACGGAGAAGCUGGCUGCGCAGAAGGAAGCUCUGGUGGAUACGAAGGCUGUCCGACAGAACAUCGCCGAGGCGUCAGAGGCGUUGAAGGAGUCGCUGAAGAUCCUGCAUGCGGUUAACCAGGCGGAUAAUCUGAUUCGGAACAAGAAUUACUAUGCGGCGCUGAAGGCGCUAGAAGACCUGCAGAACGAGCAUUUGAUCCCUACGAUUCAGAACAAAUAUGCGACUCAGCACAAAUUGGCAGAUAUCAUACAGAAGUCUAUACCAUCCUCGCGAAAGGCCAUUUCCGAAGCGGUUAUGAACGACUUGAACACGUGGCUGUAUCGGAUCAGAGAGACGUCGCAGUUCCUGGGCGAGGUUGCCUUCUACCAUACCGAAUUAAGGCGUACGAGACAGAAGGAGCGGAUGGAAUCGAAUCAGUACCCAAAGAACUUCAAGCUAAACUCUGCCAUCGAGCUGGUGUUUGAUGAGAGCGAGGAGUUCGAUGUGCUGGAAAACGAGGAAUUGCAUGUGGACUUCCAGCCUCUGUUUGAGUGCCUGCAUAUCCAUGAGGCACUUGGUCAAAGUGACAAGUUCAAGCAAGAAUAUGCGGCGACACGAAGACGGCAGAAGGAACUUUUGCUGCCGGGUAGUAUCGAUUUGAUGGAGGAAGAUGAGCAGAGUUUGAGCAGUUUACUGGAAGGUAUUGCUGGCUUUGCUAUCAUUGAGAAGGCUACUAUGAGACGAGCACAUAAUCUAAGAUCCCCGGUUGAUAUCGAUGAGCUCUGGGAUUCGAUGAGUCAGACUGCUAUCAAUUUGGUAUCCAAGGCUUUGGACAGGGUCGACAAUGCGGAAGUACUACUUAAGGUUAAAGGAGUGGUCGCUCUCUUCAUCCAGACGAUGGACACAUGGGGAUACUCUGUGGUUACACUGGACAACUUCCUUCUGACGUUAUUCGAGAAGUACGCCGAGCUUUUGAAGAAGAGAUUCAGCGACGAUUUCCAAGAAAUUGUUGCAAGUGAUGACUACAUGCCAAUGCCGGUCAGCAAUAUUGAUGAAUACGACAAAGUAGUCAAUGUUUGCUGGUUCACACCAGAUAAACCCAGAAAAGAACUCAGUUUCCCAUGUGUACUUCCAUUCUCUCAGAUGUACCCACUCUGCUGUAUCGACAUCCGGAAUUUUCUAAACCAAUUCUACUUUUUCUCUGAUGACCACUUCCAACAUCCAAAUGUCAUCGACGAAGCUCUCAAGAAGUCCCUGGACCAGCUGCUUCUGGAGAAAGUAUGCAUCUCCUUGAUUGAACGACUGAACUCUCAAUACCUAGGCCAAAUCGUCCAGAUUCUCAUCAAUCUCGAGCACUUCGAAACCGCCUGUCGAGAACUCGAACAACUACUCAUUGCUGCCCGAUCUUCGACUUCGGCCGGUGGACCUAUCGUCCUGGAAGCCACCGAGGUGUUCCGCAGCAAUAAGAAGACAGCCGAGAAGCGUAUUUUUGAGCUCGUCAAUUCCAAGAUUGAUGAUCUGGUAGAAACGGCUGAAUACGAUUGGAUGGCAAGCACACUCGAGAGCGAGCCGAGCAACUACAUGCAAACGCUAACGCAAUACCUUUCUAACAUCAUGAGCUCUACUCUGCUUGGACUCCCACGUGAAAUCAAAGAGUUGAUUUACUUCGACGCCCUCUCUCAUGCCGCGAACAUGAUUCUCGCCCUCCCACUCUCCCCAGACGUCAAGAAGAUCAAUCCCAACGGCGUCGCCGCCCUGGCCAAAGACGUAGACUACCUCUCCGACUUCGUCGACACGCUCGAAAACGCUCCGAUCCUCAAGGAGAACUUGGACGAGCUGCAGCAGACGGUGCUGCUGAUGCAGACGGAGAACCCGGACGACUUUUAUGACGUGUCGAUCCGGAACAAGAAGUUUGGACGCGUAGACGCGCUGAAUGGGCCGAGGAUUCUGGAGAAGAUUACGCAGUCAAUCGUGGCGAGCCCGUCCAGGACUGAUCGACUUGCGAAUUUCUCUUCAAGGUUUGGGAUGAAAUGA